UUCAAUAGAGAGGUUGAAGUAUCUUUGGAUCUGCAGGUUAUAGAGGAUUUCGGUGACAGAUCUCAGCUUUCUAGGUUCCACAUGUGUGCGAUGAACAAUUGAUUCUUAAGGCAUAUUGAGAUUGCUGAUGAGCUCUAGUCGACAUCGAUAACCCCUUGGUUGAGUUCGCUAUCCACCUCAAUUCAAAGGGUAAGCGAAAAAAGUAGAAUAUUUGAUAAAAAAAAAACAGGAGACUCAGUGAUUUUAGGGCUUUAACUUGUAAUAGGCCUUGGGCUUCCUUUCGGCUUUUUAUAUUUAGGCUUGUAGCCUUACUAUUUUCAUGCUGACUAUGUUGAAAUUUGGGCCUAAAGCACUUUUCUGUUAGAUGAAAAUCUUACCUUCGACUUGACAAAAUGGAAAGAGAAAACAAAAAUCCAAACAGCCUCCCUCUAAAUUUAUGGCUAUGGACAAAAUUGUUUUCUUCGACUGCCACAGAGAAGAAUUUCAAAUUAACAGGAUAAGAGACCGUUAAUAUGGUUUCUCAGCUUCUUUCUUCAGUUUCUCCCUCCAAAACCAUGACCGACUUUGUUCACUCUCUCCCAUGCAUGUCGUCUCUCUCUUCUCUUAUUGUCCAACCUCUCAAACUCCAGCAAAACUCCUUAACUUCUGCUACCUUCUCCUCUUCAUCCUCCAAAUCUUCAACCCUAAUUUGCUCUUCCAAACCCAACAACGGAAGAGCCCCCAUGGACGGCGGCAGACCCGUAUCGAGAAACCGCAAGAAAUCAUCUUAUGGAACCUCUAGGAGGUCGAUUCUCAAGAAAUCAUUCACCCAAGAGCAGGUUAACUUUUCUUUUCCAGUUACGCAUGAUCCUCAUGUGGGUAUAAUUGGAGGAGGCAUGGCGGGUCUGGUUUGUGCUUUGAGCUUGGAGAAAAGAGGGAUCAAGUCCACAGUUUUCGAUACGGGGAACCAUGGUUUGGGAGGAAGAAUGGGAACUAGAAAAAUUGAUCCUCAGCCGCUAAUAUUUGAUCAUGCGGCCCAAUUUUUUACAGUAAGUGAUCCUCGUUUUGCUGAGCUUGUUGAUAAUUGGUUGGAGAAUGGUCUAAUUCGACAGUGGCAAGGUACGAUUGGAGAGCUUGAAGUGGGCGGUCAAUUUGUUCCGCUGCCUUCUUUGCCUCCAAAAUAUAUUGGUAUCAAUGGAAUGCGCCCUCUUGCUGACGCAUUACUAUCUCAGACUCGCAUGGUGAGUGUGGUGAGACCUUGCUGGAUAAGUAGACUUGAGCCAUUUAAUGGGAUGUGGCACCUGAGCGAGAAUGGAAAACCUUGUGGGCAGUUUGAUGUCAUUGUCAUUGCACAUAAUGGAAAAUGUGCAAAUCGCUUGCUUGCUUCAUCGGGCUUGCCACUAAUUGCGAGACAAAUGAAAAAGCUGGAAUUAAGCUCUAUAUGGGCCCUCCUUGCAGCAUUCGAGGAUCCCCUUACAAUCCCAAGUGGUGCACCCCCGUUUGAAGGAGCUUUUGUGAAAGGAGUUGAUUCUGUCUCAUGGAUGGGAAACAACACUAUGAAGCUAUUUUCUGAGAAUAACAGCCCUCAUUGUUGGACCAUUUUCAGCACUGCAGCUUUUGGAAAGAAAAACAAGGUUCCUCAGGAAAAUAUUCCAAGGGCAACGGCAGAGAAGGUGGAGACAGCCAUGCUAGAGGGUGUAGAAGCUGCACUUGGACUACCAAAAGGGUCACUUCAAAAGCCUUUUUACAGCAGAGUCCAACUAUGGGGUGCAGCUCUUCCAACCAACAGUCCAGGAAUCCCAUGCAUCUUUGAUCCCAAUGGAAGGGCUGGCAUUUGUGGUGAUUGGUUGUUAGGUUCGAAUCUAGAAUCUGCAGCUUUAAGCGGCAUGGCCCUUGCUAAUCAUAUCGGUGAUUAUUUACAAAGCUGCGGAGGCCGUCCAGAGGAAUUCGCCGUGGGUUUGGACAACGAGUUCCACUCUAUUGAAGGGCACGAUAUUGGACAAUUUUCAGGGCUGGACAUGGAGUCCAAGCAACUUCAACACUUCAAUUGAAUCAAUAAUAAUAUUAUUACUACGUUAUUUCUUAUACCAACAUUCAUUUGCAUUUCUUAUAAUAUGAUUUUUUUUU